ACGAGUAUAGCUACUUUACUGAAGAUCCGAAAAAAGAACGAUCUAAAAUUAAUUUUGGAGCGGUGUGGGGUACAUUGGCAGUAGGUAGCACAUAUGGACAUUUAGAGGAAUUUUUAUCAGUAAUCGAUGUUCCACCAUUGACCCUUUAUAAGUUUAAGCAAAUUGAAAAUGAAUUGGCCAACGCUUGGAAAGAUAGUUUCUUUUCUGAUAUGGAAGAAAACGGGAAAGAGGAGCGAAAACGAGCAAUAAAAGCAGGCCAAAUUGAUACAGAUGGUACUCCAUACACAACUGUCUAUUUAGAUGGAGGUUGGAGUAAAAGGUCAUAUGGUCAUAGCUACAAUGCAUCUUCUGGCACAGCGAUAAUUGUGGGAAAGUUAUCUGGAAAGCUGCUAUAUUUAGGGGUUAGGAAUAAAUAUUGUAGCAUAUGUGCAAGAGCCGCUAAUAAGCAGAUUCCUAUAGGGCAGCAUGUCUGCUAUAAAAAUUGGUCCGGUUCUUCGUCCUCGAUGGAGGCCGAUAUUGUUGUAGAGGGAUUUUGUAGGUCCCAAGAAAUGCAUGGGAUCCGAUAUAAAUAUUUUAUUGCGGACGAGGAUUCCAGCGUGUAUGCCAAAAUUAGAGCAAAGGUGCCAUAUGGCGAGCAAGUGCAAAAAGUUGAAUGCACAAAUCAUGUCAUUAAAAACUUUGGAAAGGCCUUGCGUUUUAUAAAAAAUGACAAAAAUGUACACCUGCAAGCACGGAAAUUACUAACUGGGAAAAUUAUUGAAGAGUUAGGAAAUAGAGUGCAAAAUGCAAUUUAUGACAACGCGUUAGGUGACGUAGAAAGUCUUAAGGCUGACGUCGUUAACAGUCCAUACCACGUCUUCAAAGACCAUAGGAGCUGCAGAGAUAUUUAUUGUGAGGACGUAGGUAAGCUCGAUGAGAAUUUGUCAAAUUCGUUGCGUAAUAGUGGACUGUUGCUGCACAUUAAAGGUGCCCUAGAUAAUGUGUUAAAGAAAUCCCAUAAGCUCAUUAGUAAUGAAACUAAUAAUAGAGCUGAGCUAUACAUGGCAAUCCUAGCGCGCUUCAAUGCUGGAAAAAGAUUAAAUUUAACACAGAGAGGAUCUUUUGAAACCAGGUCACACCUAGCGGGUUUAAGAUAUGAUAAAGGGACAUCCUGGCACUACAGUCCUUGGAGAAAUGUUAUUGGAGAAAGCCCUGGCUCCCAUUUCAAGGAGUAUAUGAUACGCCAAAAACGAUCCCGAGAAAUGAAAACCGAGCACAGAAAAAACACCACUCCAUACAAGAAAGAUCUGAUGGUUCCAACCGAGCAGCCUAACUUUGAUUAUGGACCAAAUGCUGAGGAAGGAGAACUUACCAAAGAAGAGUUUGAUUCCGAAGUGAACAGAAGGUUACAUGAAUUUCAGAUUACAGGAAAAGAUGACCAAGACUUAAUUGCCAACGAGACGUUGGGCCAGUUCGACAACCAUUUGUACAUAAACCGUCGAAAACACCGACUAACGGCGUCAAUUUUUGGUCAAGUGGUUAAAAGACUUCCGACAACACCCUGCCAUAAUUUGGUAAAGCAAAUACUAAUGCCCGCUGUGAUAAAAAAUAGCAGAGCAAUGGAGUACGGGAAGAAUAGCGAGAGCAUGGUGAGAGAGAGAUUUUCCCGAGAAAAUAACAUACCCGUGAAGGAAUCCGGUCUCUAUAUUGACUUAGAUAGAGGUUAUUUAGCUGCGUCUCCUGAUGGACUAAUUGGCACAGAUGGACUGAUUGAGAUAAAAUGCUUAUGGAAAAUUUCGCAAGAAAGACAAUCGCUUAUGUUUGCAGUAAAAAACAAAGUAGUUCCUUGUUUGGAACUCAAUUCAGAUGGUAAUAUAAGUUUAAAACGAAAUCACAACUAUUAUUUUCAGGUUCAAGGACAACUUAACAUUACAAAUAGGAAAUACUGCAAAUUUAUUGUCUAUUCAGGAGACAAUAAUCCUCUCUUCAUAGAAAAUAUAGAGAGAGAUCAUGAAUUUCGGAUGUCACGUAUGGUACCGAAAUUAGAAAAGUUUUACCUGGAUUGCGUGCUACCAGAAAUCGUUAGGGGAAAUUUGCAAAAACACAAAUUAUGCAUCGAUCCCCCAUAUAUAUCAGAAGCCAUUCGGAAAAGAGAGGAGGAGAAACAGGUUAAAUUAAAAUAAAUUAAUGUUAGUAAAUGCAGUUGUGUGUAGAAAUGUGCCACGAAUCGAAUCCUUAGGAAUUUCUCCUUUCGUCAUAAAAUGUUAGCAUUCUCUGGUAGGUAGCCAUGUAAACGAGUUACGAGACAGAAGAAAAGAUUCUUCUAAUGAAUAACUUAUUGCCACCUCACAGUAUUAUUUUGAGGAUGAGAUGUAUGUAACUACUGUUAGGUCGUAUACCCUUCUUUGACAAACCAAAA